UCGGGUCAUCCUUCCAUUAACAACUUCCAUUGAACUUCAACUUCCUCUGUGACCAACCCCUCCUUUGUGACCAACAUUCUCAUGUCGCAAGAAGAUUUCCCUAUUGAGUUUGUUCUAGAUAGCAUAGAAUCAGUCAUGUCAGCCAAGCAACCAAAAGUCUUGUCAGUAUUGCUGCGUGCCUCUCACAGCUGAUUGGGAGAUUACUAAACAUCACUCUAGAUUAUUUGAUAUUGGAGGUGUUUGUGUAAGUAUUUUCGUUAUGAAAGUCUCAGUUUCCAUAAUUGUUGGAUUGGGUAUCUUUUGGCUUUCAACCUGCCUCACAAUUCCAUAUUGUCAUCCUACUUGUCGAGGGCUUCAAGGGAGCAUAACUGUUGUCAACCUAUGUUGAUGAAUAACCGAGUGUUCUAUUUGUUUGGGAUUUUAUUUCAUUUCCGGAAUGAAUCUAUAUUUACUAUUCAUUCGAUGAGACUUACUGCGGAGCAUUCGUUCAAUGCUCUCCAAAAGCCCUUACAGGCCGGCAUUUGAAGCAGUCUGGGGUAAUCGUUGCAAUCAUUAUGAGAUUUCGAACAUUCAUGAAUGGGUAUUUGGAUCUCAUCUUUUGAACGUAACGAUUACCUCUGGCUAUUUCACAUGAUUAUCUCACCAAUUGGGUGUAAUAAACAGAAUGACAUAACAUCAUGCUGGAGGAUGAUGAUGUAUCACAACGGUGUUGAACAUGUAUAAUCCAAGGGAUUCCUCAACUAAAAGAUGGUUCAUAUUAUGGUACUUAAGAGUUUCACUCUGCCUCAUUUGGCUCAAGGAACCAAGAACCCAAGGGUGGAUAAGUCAAAGUAGUCUUUGAUCUCUUCGAAAGCCCCUUCAUCGAGCCCAAAGUUUCAAAGGACAAGUUCAUCAGCACCAGUUGGCAAACCUUAAGCCCUCAAGCCAGACCUUCAGAAAAGAUGCUUCAUUUAAUCAACUUGCAGCACAUUUAUAUGAUAUAUUUCCAAACACACAUCUCACUCUCAAUUCCUCAUUAAACAUCCCAAUAUCACAUCUUAAAGGCAAUUCUUCCACUAACACACGCCUCCUAAGGUCGUCUCCCCCUUCCAAGCAAUCCUCAACUACGAAAAAGCAAACAACAUCCCCCCAGGCUGGAUAAACCACUCCAUCUCCCGCUCCGCCCCCUCUGGAUCCUUCCAACGUCUCGAACGGGGCGAGAUCCUCCUAGAUCACCACUUCUUUACUGGAUUCUCCUCCGACCUCCACAACCCAACCCUCUGGUCCGAUUUCUACACCCAUAAAGCCCUCCCAUCCAAUCCCACACUACCUAAACUCACCCCACCCCUCCCAAAAGUCGAAGCCGAAUUCGUCUUCUGGGAAAUGAUGAACAUGUCCAAGACCCCAGACCCAUGGAUGCAUCCCGCGCUCCUCAAACUAAAAGAAAGCAAAAGAUUCAUCUUCGGCGCCUUAAGCAACACCGUCAUCUUCCCGCCCUCUUGCCCCCUCUCCGCCGUCCAAGCAGAGGGUGUACGUUCCCUCUUCGACAUAUUCAUCUCCUCCGCCCACGUCGGACUUCGCAAACCCUCACCCGAGAUCUACGCCCUCGCUUUAGAAAGACUAAACGCCUUUGCUUUGCAGAACGCUGACAGGAGGGGACGUGGUCUCGGCUGGGAAACGGGAGUUCGAGCGGAGGAAGUGUUGUUUUUGGAUGAUAUUGGGGAGAACUUGAAGGCGGGGAAGAAGGCGGGGUUUAGGACGUUGAAGGUUAGUCUUGGGAGGGCUUUUGAGGCUGUGGAUGAGUUGGAGAGGAUUACAGGCUUGCAGUUGGCGGGGAGUCAUCCGAGGGUUGUGGGUGAGGUGCAGGGUGAGAAGGCGAGG